UGAUUCAAUGUUAACACAUAAUAUCCUUCACUUCGCUACAGUAUUGCUUAAAGCUCUGCCGGAUACAGCAUCAAUCCCGAACAUUAAAAAUAAAAAUAUUCACAAUGAAAGAGUUACGCGUUAUGAUAUUCGAAUCGAACAACGUAAAGAAGAUCAAAGUAUAGACAAUACUAAACUUGUAGAACUAAAGGAAGAAGCACUUCAUUCACUUAACGUACGACGUGCUGUUAAUCAUAGAAUUAAAUUUGGAAAUUCAUCUGGUAUACCAGAGCAG